AUUCUGGUCUGAGCAGCCCUCUCAGUGACCCUGAGUUUGACUUUGAAAGUAUGCUCAGCCACCCACCAAUCCCCGUUUCCGAGCUGGCUGAACACACAGAGCAUCUCAAAGCUAAUGAUAACCUGAAAUUGUCCCAAGAGUAUGAGUCCAUUGACCCCGGGCAGCAGUUCACCUGGGAGCACUCCAACCUCGAAGUGAACAAGCCCAAAAACCGUUACGCGAACGUGAUCGCCUACGACCACUCGCGCGUCAUCCUGCUGCCCAUCGAAGGAAUUGUGGGCAGCGAUUACAUCAACGCCAACUACAUCGAUGGCUACCGGAAGCAGAAUGCCUACAUCGCCACGCAGGGGCCGCUGCCAGAGACCUUUGGAGACUUUUGGAGGAUGGUGUGGGAGCAGCGUUCAGCUACUAUUGUUAUGAUGACUAAACUGGAGGAGAAAUCACGGAUAAAGUGUGACCAGUACUGGCCGGGCCGAGGUACAGACACGUACGGGAUGAUUCAAGUGACGUUACUCGAUACCAUUGAAUUGGCCACGUUCUGCGUUCGAACGUUCUCUCUUCACAAGAACGGUUCCAGCGAGAAGCGGGAGGUCCGCCAGUUCCAGUUCACAGCGUGGCCUGACCACGGCGUGCCCGAGUACCCCACCCCGUUCCUGGCUUUUCUGAGACGGGUGAAAACCUGCAACCCCCCCGAUGCCGGUCCCAUCGUGGUGCACUGCAGCGCGGGCGUUGGGCGCACCGGCUGCUUCAUCGUGAUCGACGCCAUGCUCGAGAGGAUAAAACACGAGAAGACGGUGGACAUUUACGGGCACGUCACCCUCAUGAGGUCACAGCGCAACUACAUGGUACAGACAGAAGACCAGUACAGCUUUAUACACGAUGCCUUGCUUGAGGCUGUCGCUUGCGGCAACACCGAGGUCCCGGCCAGGAAUCUUUACACCUACAUCCAGAAACUGGCACAGAUCGAGGUCGGGGAGCACGUGACGGGCAUGGAGCUGGAGUUCAAGCGCCUCGCCAACUCCAAAGCCCACACCUCCAGGUUCAUCAGCGCCAACCUGCCAUGCAACAAGUUCAAGAAUCGCCUUGUCAACAUCAUGCCCUACGAGACCACGCGGGUCUGCCUCCAGCCCAUCCGAGGAGUGGAAGGCUCAGACUACAUCAACGCCAGCUUCAUCGAUGGCUACAGGCAGCAGAAGGCGUACAUCGCCACGCAGGGGCCGCUGGCAGAGACCACCGAAGAUUUCUGGCGGAUGCUGUGGGAGAACAACUCCACCAUUGUCGUGAUGUUGACCAAGCUCCGCGAGAUGGGGCGGGAAAAGUGCCAUCAGUACUGGCCAGCGGAGCGCUCUGCCCGGUACCAGUACUUUGUGGUGGAUCCCAUGGCUGAGUACAACAUGCCUCAGUACAUCCUGCGAGAAUUCAAGGUCACCGAUGCCAGGGAUGGUCAGUCACGAACUGUUCGGCAGUUCCAGUUCACCGACUGGCCGGAACAAGGCGUGCCAAAAUCAGGAGAAGGUUUUAUCGAUUUUAUCGGCCAGGUACAUAAGACCAAGGAACAGUUUGGCCAGGAUGGCCCCAUCUCUGUCCACUGCAGUGCUGGCGUGGGCAGGACUGGAGUGUUUAUCACGUUGAGUAUCGUCCUGGAAAGAAUGCGUUAUGAGGGUGUUGUAGAUAUUUUCCAGACAGUAAAGAUGCUGCGAACACAACGACCUGCUAUGGUGCAAACGGAGGAUGAAUACCAGUUCUGUUACCAGGCAGCUCUGGAGUAUCUGGGAAGUUUUGAUCACUAUGCAACAUAAAAAGCCAUCCGUUGUGCAGACUCUACCAACCACUUAAGUCCUGGAAGGCCUCUUUUGACCCAGGAGGAGCGCUUGAACUUAACAAAACUGAAUCAGAAGUACCUUUUCAUCCGGACAACGCCUUGGGGAGCAGGGGGGAAGGAUUGAAAGGAAAAAAAACCCCUUUGGGAACUCCACGUUGUAACCUGGCCCGAGAAAGAGGCAGCUCAGGAGAUGCUGAAGGACUGCUUUAAGUGGUGAACUGCUCUUGUUACCUCAAGUGGUGUUCGCUGUGGAGGACGUAUGGACAUCAUGAAACAGAUC